CCUCUUCCAGGUCCUGGGCCCGCCUCCUUUCGCCCCGACCCGGUAGUCAACCGGAGAUCACGUUGCGAGCAGUGGAGACGUCGUAGACUAUACCAGCUUCCGGGACUUGUCCAGAUAGCUGCGACUCAGCCCAAGAUUCCCAAGGCCACGAGAGACUACUGUUAAUUCUGUCUAAAAUGGGUGUAAAGAAGAAGAGAGAAAUGCAGGUUACUGCAUUGACUGUUCGUCAUCAGGACCUUGAAACUUUGAGAUCUUUUGCUGAUGUGGAAGGGAAGAAUCUAGCUUCUUUGCUGUUAAAUUGUGUGCAACUGAAGGAUGGAGUGUCACAAAUCCAUUAUGUUAAACAGAUUGUGCCUUUACUGGAGAAGACAGAUGAAAAUGGUGUAUGUGAUCCAGCUAUUCAGAAGUGUUUGGACAUUUUAGCAGGCAUUUAUUAUUCUUUGAGUGUAAAGAAUCCCUUGAAGAAAUUAUUGGCAAGUUCACUGAAUGGCUUACCUGAAUUUUUUCAAACUGAGGCUAUACACAGUUUCACUUCUCAUCUUGAAGAAGAAUUGAAUACUACUGAUCUGUACUCUUAUAGGAAAGUUGUUGACAAUAUAUCUUCCUGUAUGGAGAAUUUUAACUUGGGUAGAGCAAGUGUUAAUAAUCUGCUUAAAAAUGUGCUUGAUUUUCUGCAGAAGAGUUUAACUGAAAUCUUGGAAGAAAAUAGAAAAUUUGCCGGAAAUCAUAUUGUUCAAACACAGUUGAUGAAUGACUUGUUGGUAGGCAUUAGAGUUUCAAUGACAUUAGUACAGAAAGUGCAAGAUUUCCAGGAAAAUCUGUGGAAAGCUUCCAGUUCUCCCAUAUGGGGAAGUAUGUGUGGCUUGCUGGGUAUUUUCACCAAGUUUUUAAGUGACGGUGACCUAUUACAGACAAUUCAGAGUACAUCUGGAUUAGCUGUUAUUCUUUUUAUUAAGACUAUGUUUCAGCCAUCUGAAAAUAUUCCUGAGUUGAUUAGCAGUUUACUUCUCCGUUCAGUGGACCAUACCAAGGUCCCCGAGUGGUUAAUGAGCAGCUGCAGGAGCCUUUGUUGUGCUGACAUCCCUGGGUCAGCUCUCUUAUUCCUGUGUCAGGGGACACUUGCGAUGUUGGACUGGCAGAAUGGUGGCAUGGGCCCGGGUGGGGAGGCCCUGCUCUUGGAUACUGUGCAUGUUUUGUUCACCUUGAGUUCACAGAUUAAGGAAUCAACACUGGAAAUGUUUCUGUCUAGAAUCCUUUCAUUGUGGACAAAUUCAGCGAUACGUAUCCUUGAAUCAAGUUCUCCAAGCCUGAAGGACAGUCUGAAUGGGAAUUCAAGCAUAGUUGGGAGACUUUUGGAAUAUGUCUAUACCCACUGGGAACAUCCCUUGGAUGCUCUCAGACACCAGACCAAAAUCAUAUUCAAAAAUCUUCUCCAGAUGCACCAGCUCACUAUGAAAGGGGCAGAUUUGGUCACUGAUCCUUUCUUUUUGGGAUUGACUAAGAGUCUUCUGCUAUUGGAAUGGCAUAUUAAAGGAAAAUACACAUGCCUUGGCUGUUUGGUAGAAUGCAUAGGAAUUGAACAUAUUUUGGCAAUAGAUAAUACUGUUCCAUCUCAAAUCUUGAAGGUGAUGGGGGAGCAGUCGUUAGUACCCUAUGCAAGUGACCUCUUGGAAACCAUGUUUAAAAAUCAUAAGAAUCAUUUGCAAUCCCAGAUUGUUGACAUCACUUGGAUUGACCAGUGGCAUGAGACGUGGGUUUCACCUCUCCUUUAUAUACUGUGUGAAGGAAACUUGGAUCAAAAAUCGUAUGUGAUUGACUAUUACUUGCCAAAAUUACUGAAUUACAGCCCUGAAAGCUUAAGGUACAUGGUAAAGAUUCUUCAGACUUCCAUUAAUGCUAAAAAUGGGUCCUGUCAUAGCAGAGGGGCUCUGGGAGCUUUGAUGGCUUGUCUGCGAACAGCCAGAACUCAUGGACAUCUUCAGUCUGCAACCGAUGCCUGGGAGAAUCUUGUGUCUAGUGCAAGAAUAAAGCAAGGAUUAAUUCAUCAGCACUGCCAAGUACGGAUAGAUACAUUAGGCUUGCUUUGUGAAAGCAGUCGAAGCACAGAAAUUGUUUCUGCAGAAGAAAUGGAGUGGAUUCAGUUCUUCAUCAUGUACAAUCUUAAUAGCCAGUCUCCAGGAGUACGGCAGCAGAUCUGUUCUCUUCUCAAAAAGUUGUUUUGUAGGAUACAAGAAAGUUCUCAGGUACUUUAUAAAUUGGAGCAAGGUAAAUCCAAGCAUGAACCAGAGAAUGAGCUAACCAAAGAGCAGCCUUCUGUUUCUUUACAGAAAUACAAGAAUUUCAUGUCAUCCAUUUGCAACAGUCUUUUUGAAGCACUGUUUCCUGGAUCUUCCUACUCAACUAGAUUUUCGGCUUUAACCAUUUUAGGCUCAAUAGCUGAAGUUUUUCCUGUAUUAGAAGGUAGAGUCCAAGUGGUGUAUCAGCUGAGUCAUGAUAUUGAUGCUGGUCGUUUCCAAACACUAAUAGAAUGUUUCACCAGCACUUUUGAAGAAGUAAAAACUUUAGCAUUUGAUCUUCUCAUGAAGUUAUCAGUAACAGCUGUACAAUUUCAGAAUGCUGAGAAACUGCAAGGCUUAUUUGAAGCAGCUCUGGAGCUCAGCACAAGCACAAAACCAUAUGACUGUGUAACAGCCUCCUAUCUGCUGAACUUCUUGAUCUGGCAGGAUGCUGUGCCAUCAUCCCUAUCUGCCUACUUAACCCAUGGUGCUGCAUGCAGCUCUGGAGAUAAGCCUGCUGCUGUGGUGGAAAGGAACACAUUCAUGGUUAUCAAAUGCUUGAUGGAAAAUCUUGAUGAAGAUGUGUCUCAGGCUGAAAACUCUCUUCUUCGGGCAGCAGCAUCCUUCCCAAUGUAUGGGCGCAUCCACUGUGUAACAAGAGCUCUGCAGAAGUUACCACUAGACCGCCUGAAGCUGGUGAGUGAGUGGACACCUGUGGUGGAGAAGCUCCUAUUGCUGUCCUACAGGAUUUCAGCUGUGGUGGCUCCGGUCAUUCAGAGCUCCUCUCCUGAGGGCCUCAUCCCCAUGGACACAGAUUCAGAGUCAGCAAGCCGCUUACAAGUGAUUCUCAAUGAGAUUCAGCCACGAGAUACUAAUGAUUAUUUCAACCAAGCCAAAAUACUGAAAGAAUGUGAUAACUUUGAUUUGGAGGACUUGAAAGCCAGUGUGUCAAAUAUUGAUACUUCUGUAGAUAUCAAAGGUAAAGAAGGAAAAACAUAUGAUGUAACUGCUCAGAUGGUGCUCGUAUGUUGUUGGAGAAGCAUGAAGGAAGUUGCUUUACUUUUGGGCACCCUAUGCCAGCUUCUACCCAUGCAGCCUGUACCAGAGUCAUCUGAUGGAUUAUUGACAAUGGAGCAGGUGAAGGAAAUAGGAGAUUACUUUAAGCAACACCUUUUACAGUCCAGGCACAGAGGAGCAUUUGAACUGGCUUAUACGGGUUUUGUGAAACUCACUGAAAUACUAAACAGGUGCCCUAAUGUGAAUUUGCAAAAGCUGCCAGAACAGUGGUUAUGGAAUGUUUUGGAGGAAGUUAAAUGCAGUAACCCUUCAUCCAAACUCUGUGCUACACGGCGCAGUGCUGGGAUCCCUUUCUACAUACAGGCAUUGUUGGCAUCUGAACCAAAGAAAGGCAAAAUGGAUUUGUUGAAAAUAACAAUGAAAGAGUUAAUCCUUUUGGCUGGGCCUGCAGAUAACUCACAGAGCACAGUCCCCCAGGUCCAUGCUCUAAAUAUCCUUCGAGCGUUGUUUAGAGACACACGUCUGGGAGAAAAUGUCAUUCCUUUCGUUGCUGAUGGAGCCAAGGCUGCGAUUCUAGGCUUUACCUCACCAGUCUGGGCAGUGCGAAAUUCAUCUACACUUCUCUUUAGUUCCUUGAUCACAAGAAUAUUUGGAGUUAAACAGGGAAAGGGUGAACAUUCCAAAACAAACAGAAUGACAGGCAGAGAGUUUUUCUCUCGAUUUCCAGAGCUCUAUCCCUUUCUUCUCAAACAAUUGGAAGCUGUAGCUGAUACAGUGGACAGUGAUGUGGGAGAACCAGAUCGCCAUCCAAGCAUGUUCCUCUUGCUUUUAGUAUUGGAGAGACUCUAUCCUUCCCCAAUGGAUGGCACUUCUUCUGCUCUCAGCAUGGCACCUUUCAUCCCCUUCAUUAUGAGGUGCAGUCGCUCACCUGUCUACCGCUCCCGGGAAAUGGCAGCUCGUGCCUUGGUCCCAUUUGUCAUGAUAGACCAGGUCCCCAAUACUAUCCGAGCCCUGCUGGCCACACUGCCUAACUGCACUGACCAGUGUUUCCGGCAAAACCAUAUUCAUGGGACCCUUCUCCAGGUUUUUCAUUUAUUACAAGCCUAUGCAGACUCCAAACACAGGAUGGACUCGGACUUUCAGCAGGAGCUGACUGACAUCACUGUCUGUACAAAAGCCAAACUCUGGCUGGCCAAGAGGCAAAAUCCAUGUUUGGUGACCAGAGCUGUAUAUAUUGAUAUUCUCUUCCUGUUGACUUACUGCCUCGACAAACCCACAAAGGGCAACCAGCCAGUUCUGGAGAGACUUGGCUUCUGGGAGGAAGUCAGAGGGAUUGUCUCAGGAUCAGAGCUGAUAACAGGACUCCCCUGUACGUUUAAGGUACCAGGCCUGCCCCAGUACCUCGAGAGCCUCACCAAACUAGCCAUCGCUGCAGUGUGGGCAGUGCUAGCCAAGGCCAGAGAGCAGACAAGGGAUGUGCCCAUCACCUUCUCACAGCUGCUGGGCUCUUCCUUUCCUGAAGUGCGUUUGCUCACCCUAGAAGCCCUAUUGGAAAGGUUCUCAGCAGGAUCCUCUCAAUUGGGCGAGCAGGGACUUUCAUAUUUGCUGCACAAUAUGGGAGAAGACUUCCUGAAGUUGGCCAUGAAGGAAAGCCACCCGGAGUGUCUCUGCAAGAUACUAAGGAUUCUCCAUUGCAUGGACCCCAGUGAAUGGCUUCCCCUCACAGAGCGCUGUAUCCAUCUAACCCCCAAGGAGUUUUUGAUCUGGACCAUGGAUAUUGCUUCCAAUGACAGAUCUGAAAUCCAGGGUGUGGCUCUGAGACUUACCUCCAAAGUGAUUGCCUACCACAUGAAAACACAUGAAGAGAACAGGGACUCGCUGGCCCCUCAGCUGAAGCGGUGGGUGCAGCUGGUCAUCUUGUCCUGCAGAGACCAUCUCCCCACAGAGUCUAGGCUGGCUGCUGCUGAGGUCCUCACCAGCGUCACACCCCUGGUCCUCACCAACCCCUGUCUAGUUCUUGACUUGCAGGACACACUUGCUCUCUGGAGAUGUGUCCUGAUCCUCCUACAGAGUGAAGAGCAAGCCGUACGAGAUGCAGCCACGGAAACUGUGACGACUGCCCUGUCACAGGAAAACACCUGCCAGGCAACAGAAUUCGCCUUCUGCCAAGUGGAUGCCUCCAUUGCUGUGGCCCUAGCCUUGGCUAUCCUGUGUGAUCUGCUCCAGCAGUGGGACCAGCUGGACCCUGGAUUGCCCAUCCUGCUGGAAUGGCUGUUGGGAGAAGGCGAUGACCCUGUGGGCUAUGUGGAGAGUGCACAUCAGGGAGAAGAUGACUACCUGUUUGAAAAAUCAGAAGUCAGCUUUUGGGCAGAGACCCUGACCUUCCUGAAACACCUCUAUAGGCAAGUCCUGCAUCUUCUCUGCAAGUCAGGCUGGCGUCCUCCUAGCUCUGAGAGGCUAGGUCACCUGCAGAGGACCGUGUCAGAACAGCAACAUCUCCUCUCUCAGCUCUUCAGAGAGCUUCCACCCGCUGCUGAGUUUCUGAAGACAGUGCAGUUCACAAGACUGCGCAUUCAAGAGGAAAGGACGUCAGCUUGCUUGAGGCUGCUGAACUUUCUUGAGGGAAAAGAAGAAGCAGCUCCCCUGUUCUCAGCAUCUCAGACUCUCCUGCAGAAACAAGUCACUUAACUCUCCCAAGAAUUGAAGCAACUUGUUAAAGAAAGGUUGGUGGGGUGGGGAGUGGAGAAGUGGGCUGUUACUCCACUAAAUCUGCAAGGAACACAUCAAACAUAAAUUCAGAUUUUUUUCUCCCUUGUGCCUCUCCUUCUGUGAGUCUCGGCUCCUGUUACUUCCUACAGAGGGAUUUUUCUACAGUUCAUUCAUUCAAGGCAGCAGGGUUUAUUGCAGCUACUGUAGGAAGUGAGGCUACCAUGUUGAAUAAUUACUCCAUCCCCAGGUGCAGGCCACCUGCAGGCCUGAGUUACCCUUUCUGCCCAGCAUUUUCUGUAACUUGACUACACAAAAAUAGAUUGUAACACACAUAUCCCCUAUUUUUUUUACUAGCUAUGUGGAGGGGCUAGAUUAGUUGGCAGACACCCAUUUAGUCAGAUUUUUAAAUUUCAUUUUAGUAAAGCAGAAAUAUAUUCCAAAUGUUGGAUCCUGGGAGAAUUAAAGAAGGAUCAACCUCGUGCAAAUAAUUUAUUUUUAUUGUCUGUAUGUGUAAGUCCUUCAGUGGCCUACACAUUCCAUCCUAAUAUUAAAAGCACCACUGAGAGUUGCUCUUAUCUCCCUCCCUCAAAAAUACAUGGUAAUGCUACGAAUGAUUUCGCCACCCGUGAAGCACAGUCUCUUAGCUGUUAGAAGGAACCUGGAGAAAGGAGAGACAGAUAUUAUUCAU